CACCUCACUCCAUGUAAUCACCGCUACCAUUAAAAUACUUAAUAUGGAAAAAAACUGCGAAUUGAACAAAAAUGCAUCUGAACAAAUCAGAUGUUAUAAAUUUGAAAUAGAUUGCUUUAAAUUUUGGUUUUAACAGGUGGGUUAUAUAGAAAAGGAUUAGUGGUAUCAACAUGUUUUGGACCAGGCGAUUAUACUCCCAAACCACACGCAGUCCUACUGGUGUGGUUUUCAUGAAUAUGGGUGGACCAUCCACCGUCAAGGAAACCUAUGAUUUCCUUUUCAGAUUAUUUUCAGAUGGUGAUCUUAUACCCUUUGGAAGAUUUCAAAAUAUCUUAGCUAAGUUCAUAGCAAAGCGAAGAACUCCUAAGAUUGAAAAACAUUAUCAAGAAAUAGGAGGAGGUUCACCUAUCAAAUAUUGGUCUGAAUAUCAAUGUAAAAAAGUAUGUGAAAUUCUUGAUAAAACAAGUCCUGACACAGCACCUCAUAAACCAUAUGUGGCAUUCAGAUAUGCUAAUCCAUUAACUGAAACCACUUUGAAGCAAAUGUUAGAUGAUAAGAUUAAAAGAGCAGUGGCUUUUUCUCAAUACCCUCAAUUUUCAUACUCCACCACUGGUUCUUCCAUGAAUGAAUUAUAUAGAAAAACAUUGGAAUUAGAUCCAAAUCGUUCCAUCAAUUGGUCUUUUAUAGAUAGAUGGCCAAAGAAUAAUGGAUUAAUUCAAGCAUUCAGUGAGUUGAUCCAAGAAAAACUUCAUGAAUUCCCUCAAGAAGAUAGAAAUAAAGUUACCAUCUUAUUUUCAGCCCAUUCUUUACCUAUGGAUAUUGUUAAUAAAGGUGAUUCAUAUCCUGCAGAAGUGGCAAGUACUGUCUAUGCUGUAAUGGAGAAAUUAAACUUCAAGCAUCCAUAUCGUUUAGUAUGGCAAUCUCAAGUUGGUCCAAAACCUUGGUUAGGUGGUCAAACCAGUACAAUCGUCAAAAAGUUGGAUACUAAUGAUGAUAUUAAAGGAAUCAUCCUUGUUCCAGUAGCAUUCACAUCUGAUCAUAUUGAAACUUUACAUGAACUUGAUAUAGAAUUGAUUGACGAAUGUAAGAAUCCUCAAAAAAUAAAAAGAAUUGAAUCGUUAAAUGGUAAUGAAGUAUUUAUCAAUGGUUUAGCUGGUUUAGUUAAAGAUCACCUUGAAAGUGGCGAGUUAUAUUCUCAUCAAUUAGAAUUGGAUUGUGUAUUAGGAGGUGAAUCAGCUAAGGGAACUUUUAAACAUCCAAGCGAAUUAUUUGGUAAUCAUUCAGAAUAAUCGUAUAUAUAAAAAGAAAAACCUUAAUAGAAUAUAUAUAUAUAAAAUGUACAUAGUAUUUAUUCCUAAAUUAAUCAGAGAAUUCUUCAUCUGAAUCAAAGAGAUCCAAAUUGAGAUCUGAACUUUGUACAGCUCCACC